AUGUGCUUUGCCAGACACAAGAAGGUACGCUUGCCGGGAGGGAUAAUGUCUUCUUUCAGAGGAAACGACGGAAUCAGAGUCCGCCUGAGGAUCUCAAGGACGAAAGGUCAGGCUAUACAUCCGUGACAUUCCAAAAUGGUUUUUGAAAUAAUUCUAUUCGAAAUGAUACCUCAAAUUUGAGGUCAAAUAAUUGUAAAGUUUUUUGCAGCAAGACCUCGCCCAACUCGAAGAAGGACGAGAAGAAUGAUGGUGAGACAAAAGGUAGGGGUUACUGUAAAAAUAAGCUUGUUUGGAUUCCUGCGAUGACAUAAUUUUUUUUGAUUUCAGCUCCCAAAGAAGACAACUCGACCAAACUGAACGAUGAGACGGCCAAGAAGAUGUCGGCGGACAACACUUUGAAGGAGGUGCCCAAUCGAAUGCCCGAGAUGGAAUUCUUGCAUCCUCGAGUGGCGGAGACCGUGUAUUCGGAGGAUCAAUUACUUUGA